AUGUCUUCCAACCCUUCUACCACGUCUUCGCCCAUUGAGAUUCCAGCCCCUCGCGGCUAUCAAGCGAUAUCCAAUCCGACUCCCGCCAACGAUACCUCCUUCGUGCAGAACGGGAUCCGCUACUACCCUGAACGCGGCGAUUGGAGCCCGCUCUUCGUGCCUAACGCUGAAACCCCUCGCGCCGCGGACAUUCCUGUCGACCCGAUCUCCGGUCCUGAUGCUAAUCCGGUUGAUCAUCCUGCCAACACUCAGGUUGAUCCCAUGGCUGAUCAAGACACCGAAAUGAAAGCGACUGUCCUCGACAACGCUCCCAACUUCUCUUGUCCUCCGCCUAUCAAGGCCUUCCCAGCUCCCAUCCCCCUUCCUUAUGGGAUGGAGCUCAUCCAGACUGGUACCCACUUCCUUCCUCAAAAGGAAAAGUGGCAAAGCCUCUACGAUCCGGCCAGGAACUUCGAUUUGUCCACGAUCCCAGACGAAGUCCCUGUUCCUCAAGGGUUUAUCGAUCCUCAUCCGUUCUGCGACAUGCCUGUGUGCUGCGACCCCGUGUUCCAAAACCCGCCGCCUGGACUCGUCCUUCCUGCUGUUAAUCCGCUCAUGGCCGCCAAUAUCCCGUUGCACGCUCCUGGCGCUCAUCCAGCUUCAGCCUCGACCUCUACGUCCGAUUCCUUGACCUAUCCGCCUCUCUCCGAGUUCCUUCACCUUGGCCACAAGGAUGUCCAGGACCUUCUCUCCAAGAAAAAUUCGCCGCCAGACGCCACCUGCUUGUAUACUGAAGAAGACGUAAUGCGUAUCUUUGAAGGUAUUGCCCCUGAGUUCGUUUGGCUUUGCGAUGAUUUCCCUCCCCAUACUUUAAAUGAAUUCGACCGCCGUGUUAUGUUCUUUGAGAACAUGCAAUGGCACUUCAAGUGCAAGAAGUCCACCUACUUGUCGACCCGUAACUUCUGA